UAAAAUUGACAAACAUUUUGGAGUAUAAAAAUUGUAUAGUGUAUGGUUAAAUUAAAUUCUUUUAAACGUUUAAGGCAAAUUCAAUUGUACUAAAAUGGAAAAUAAAUCAACGUAGGUAAUAAAAUGGCGAAGCGACAUACCUUUCCAGGUUUUUAUUUUCAGCUUACUCUAUAAGACGUUCAAAACCAUCUAUACGUGCAGUCUCCCAGCCAUUGAUCUCUAUGGCCAGUGUAGCAUCAUCGACUUCCAAAACCCCAAGCAGAAUGCAUUGCAACGACUGGGAGAAGUUCAUGAAGAAAGCAUCCAACUACGUCUGCACAAUGUCUGCGUUGAACGGGAAUUAUGUUGCUGUCAUCGCCAUUAUAGUCGUCGUCAUCCUCAGUUUACUUCUGCCUGACAUCACGCAAAAAUUCCACGCUACUCACGAGCUCAAGAACAUGAAGAAAGUUUUAGCUAAAAUGUCGAAUGAAGUGCGACGUGCGGAGGUAGCAUGCCUAACAGUGGCUGAUGAGAUCUGCUGCCUCCACUGCAACAUGCACGACGACACUACGGGAACUGUUAGUAUCAGUCAACUGAAAAACUACAAAACCUCUCAAUCUGUGCCAACUAUUGCAUGCGAACUACUCAAUCGGAACCUAUCACAAUCGAAAAAAAAAUUGGUUUCCUUCGGCGCUUUUUCUUCCCCAAUCCCAACACAUCCCACAAGGAAAUCGCCAUCAUGUCAUAUGUGUACACCGAUUCCUUCGACGCUAAACAACAAGAUGAAGAGGAGGAAGUGAUGUGAUAAAUGUUUCAAGAUGAUCAACAACAACUAAAAACCUAUCUUUAACAAUUAUAAUAAAACUUAAGCUGAUA